AUGAUAAUCGUUACUGUCAACGAUCGCCUGGGAACGAAGACACAAGUACCGUGUUUGCCGAGCGACCCUGUAAAGAUACUGAAGGCCAUGGUAGCUGCGAAGAUCGGAAGACCAGUGCACGAAAUCAUGCUCAAACGACAGGGCGAGCGUCCUUUCCACGAUCAGCUGACGCUGGCGGAUUACUCGAUCAGCAACGGGGUGCAGAUCGAUUUGGAACUGAAUACUGGUGACUGA